GUAGCCGCGCUCGCUGCGGCCAAUCACAACGUAGUUGAACAGAACGCUCCCGGUAUACACACACGUGGUCGGCUGAUCCGCUCUGACGUGCGCCGUUUUACUGCUCCUUUUUAUUGCUCCUCUACGAGCGAUCACAGUCAAUCUCAGUGGAGGACGGUGAUCAUCGAGCUCCACGUCAGCAUCCAGGAACACGUCGCAGGCCGACGACGUCCAGCUGCUCCUGGCAAUCGUGCUCGACUACGCGCCGGUGAAAAUCCAUUUUCAGCGACAUCAGGUCGACAUUACCUCGUGUGCUCGACAUGGCAGAUAUGCCAGCGAACGUGGGUAUCACGCGGAAAAUGUCUUUCGGCAUCAACGGCAAACUCAACGGCGUCGAGAGCAAAACACCCUUCCUAAUAGGUGUCUCCGGCGGUACUGCAAGCGGAAAGUCUACAGUGUGCAAGCGUAUUAUGGAAAAACUAGGGCAAGUCGACAUGGAUCAUCAACAGCGUCGGGUAGUCUGUAUAUCACAAGACAGCUUCUAUCGUGACUUAACACCUGCUGAGAAAGUGAAAGCUGAGAAGGGGCAGUAUAAUUUUGAUCAUCCUGAUGCCUUUGACGAUGAUCUAAUCUUGCAAACGCUGCAGGAUAUACUUGCUGGUGUCAAGUGUGAGAUACCUGCUUAUGAUUACAGGACAAACAGUUUAAUGAAAGAUCAAGUUACCACAAUAUAUCCCGCAGAUGUGGUACUGUUUGAAGGAAUACUGGUAUUUUAUUUUCCCAAAAUUCGGGAUUUGUUUCACAUGAAAUUGUUUGUGGAUACUGAUUCUGAUACCAGACUUGCAAGAAGAGUGCCAAGAGAUAUAAAAGAACGUGGAAGGGAUUUGGAUUAUGUCCUGAAUCAAUAUAUGAACUUUGUAAAACCAGCUUUCGAGGAGUUUUGUUUGCCAACAAAAAAGUUUGCGGAUGUUAUAAUACCAAGGGGAGCAGACAACACAGUGGCAAUAGAUCUAAUAGUGCACCACAUCUGGGAUAUUAUGCGUUUGAAAAACGCCGAAAACUCAGCCGGGCAGCAUCCAUUCUUCCACCAGCGUAGGCGUACUUCGGCCUCAUCCGACACGCUCAGCAGAUGACUUAAGCAUGAUAAGCUCACUCUGUCAAGCACUGCAUUUUUUUCUAAAUCACGCUCUUAUGUAUGACUGAAUUCUAUGAGACAUUUUCCAAUCCCUUUUUCUAAUAAUAAACGGAAAAGUAAUGUCCGUUUUUGAAUGCAAGAUUACUCACUUUUAUAUCAUUAAUAUAUCAA